AUGGAGAAUCCCUCCCUAGCUCCUCCAACAACUACAUGUUGGAGCAACAUAGUAAAGAACCACCAACCAUCACCACCGCCGUCAGCACCACCACAGCAACAGCAAAAUCGGUUAUUUGUGGAGAGUUGCAAGUCGACACACGGCAUAUCAGUGGCGGUUAUCGAUGCAAACGCCGUCAUCGAGGGCGGAGAAAAGCUUAACAACUUGGCUGACAAGUUCGUAACCGUCCCUGAAGUCCUUUCCGAGAUUCGCGAUCCUGUUUCCCGCCAUCGACUUGCUUUCAUUCCUUUCUCUAUUGAUUCCAUGGAGCCCUCUCCUGAUUCUCUCAACAAAGUUAUCAAGUUUGCGAGAGCUACUGGAGAUUUACAGACGCUAUCAGAUGUUGAUCUUAAACUCAUUGCAUUGACACAUACAUUGGAGGCACAGAUUCAUGGAACUAAACAUAUUAGGGAUGCUCCGCCGCCUGUCCAUACUGUCAACGUGAAGAGGCUGCCUGAAAAGGAAAUGCCAGGGUGGGGUUCUAAUGUUUCUAAUUUGGAAGAGUGGGAAGCAUUGGAACAUGAAGCUGGAGAUGGGUCAGACCCCAGCUCAAGAAUUCUUCCUUUAAGAGACAUAAGCUUGAACGUUAUGCCUACCGAUGACCAAUCUGAAGAUGGUUCCAUGGGGACUGGAGGGGGAGCGAAUACUGAGAAUUUCGAAGAUGUUGAGCAAGAUUCGAGGAAGCCUAGGAGAUUUCCACCCAAGAAAAAAGAGAUAAAUAUUGAAGGAAAGAAGAUGGUUGCAGGUGGAAUUGAUGCAUCUCAGGGGCAAUUUGAUGAUAAUGCUGGUGAUUGGAUGCCAGCUGUUAGUCGAAGUACUCAUAGAAGAUAUCUUAGAAGAAGAGAUAGACGUGAAUAUUAUGAAGCAUUAUCAGAGAAAGAUAGUCAGCAAGAUCUAGAGAAAAGUACGGAUGACAGGAAUACUGAGGUAGCUAGCAUCCCAGACCAGGUGUUGUGUCAAAGUUCAGACAUAGUAGAUACUGUGAAUGCGAUAUCUGAGGAGAGUGAGAUAACAGAGGUGAAGAACUGUGACAGUGAUCUUUUCUCAAUUUUGAAACAAAUGCGGUUGGAAGAAGGUCCACCGGAGGCUGCUCAAGAUGAGAAAGGAGAGAACAGUACUUCUGUAGAGACAGAGAUUAACAAUUCUAGGGGCAUGGAACCCUCAGAUCACAUUGAAAGCAUUGAUGUCGAGACAAGCACAGUUGAUAUUGCCAAUGCAGAAUCAGAUUACUUGGAGAUCUCAAGCCAGACUCACGAAAGUGUUGAUAUAUCAUAUGCAGAUGAUAAUGAUAGUGAGCAAAGCUGGAUGGUUAGAUCCCUAUCAGAGUCCAGUGUAGCUUGUGUAACUAGUGACUUUGCAAUGCAGAAUGUACUUCUGCAAAUGGGCUUACGACUGCUGGCACCUGGAGGAAAUCAAAUACGCCAGCUGCACAGGUGGAUACUGAAAUGCCAUGCCUGCUAUACUGUCACUGCUGAAAUCGGGAGGAUUUUUUGUCCAAAGUGUGGAAAUGGCGGCACUUUAAGAAAGGUUGCUGUAACAGUUGGUGAGAAUGGAAUUGUUUUGGCUGAUCAUCGGCCACGAAUCACGCUGCGUGGUACAAAAUUUUCACUGCCUCUACCAAAAGGUGGGAGGGAUGCCAUCACUAAGAACCUUGUUCUGCGUGAAGAUCAGCUACCACAAAAGUUCCUCUACCCUAAGUCGAAGAAGAAAGUGAAUAAAGAGGGAGACGACUUCUUUGUUCGGGAUGACAUCUUUAGCCACCAUACUGAUAAAAAAAGGUCUUUCCGGCCACCCAUAAGGCAGGCAUUAGCAGUUUUUAGCGGGAAAAGGAAUCCUAAUGACAAUCACUACUCUCGUCCUAAGCACUGA